CGCACGAGCGGCCCGGCGGCGGCCGCGGGUGGAGGGGGUGGUUCCUCGAGUGUCGGCGGCGGGAGGGUGGACAGGCUGGCGGCAGGUGCCGCCGCGGCCGCCGCCGCAGCCUCCUCGGGGUCUUCUCGUGCUCUCGCGGUGAUGAGCUGGGCCCCGUCGGGGGCUGCACCUGCUGGCUGCCCAUCACCCCGGGCCUCCCGGCGUGACCUCGGCCUCCUCGCGUGUCCGGCCCCCGCGGCGCGGUGCUGCCCCUGACAGGGAGCGGCAGCGGCCUCCUCCGCCCCGAGUCCUCGCUCGGGGGCCGCGCGGACAGAGCGCCGGGCCCCCUCCACUCCCCCGUCCGCCGUCCUCAAUGUCUCCCCGGCGGGGAGGGGGCUGCCUGGGAGACGCGCUGAGCGGACCCCCCCGGAGGCCCGUCGGCGGCAGCAGCAGCGCCCAGCCCGGUGCCCCGCAGCCUCCCCCGGCGGCGGCGGCGGCCUGGAGGAGCCGCGUACCCGCCGCCGCCCCCGGAGCCUCGCAGCCGCCGCCCGGCGCCCGAGGAGAGGGCGGCGGGCGCCCCCCGGGGAAGAUGAAGGCGGAGGGGGGCGACCACUCCAUGAUCAACCUCUCGGUGCAGCAGGUCCUGAGCCUCUGGGCCCACGGGACGGUGCUGAGGAACCUCACUGAGAUGUGGUACUGGAUCUUUCUAUGGGCUCUCUUCUCCUCUCUGUUUGUCCAUGGUGCUGCAGGAGUGUUGAUGUUUGUGAUGCUGCAGAGGCAUAGGCAGGGGAGAGUCAUCUCUAUCAUUGCAGUCAGCAUCGGAUUUCUGGCUUCUAUCACUGGAGCAAUGAUUACUAGUGCAGCGGUGGCGGGUAUUUACAGGGUGGCAGGGAAGAACAUGGCCCCUUUGGAAGCGCUGGUAUGGGGCGUCGGACAGACUGUACUGACAUUAAUCAUCUCCUUUUCAAGGAUCCUCGCUACACUUUGACGUUUCUGUGGGAACGUCUUACUUCACAAAAGGAAACAGAUGUACAGAUUCUCUGAAAAUGGCGUUGUUAACAAGUGGGAAUGAAGCUGUACAAGAACGUGGAAGGAGCAGGUCAAACAUAAGGCGUUGAGCUGUGUGGAAAGAUUGCCCUCUGGUGUUCAAGAGAUUGCACUACCGCACUGCACCUUACGUGCCUCCGUCCCAGGCAAGGCGCAUUACGCUAUGUGAAGCUACAAGAAAAAGCACCUUGUUUAGCUGCCAAUCAGGUUAACAUUGGAAUCAUCGUUCUUAACAGUGUUAAGUUACAGGGACGUUAUGAGGAAUUGAUAUAUGUGCCAAACUUUUCUUUUUUUAACAUUGAUCAUGUGACAACUUGCAAGUAUAGAUGUAGAUGAGUGCUGUGAACAUAUUUGACAUGAAUUCAGGUAAUGUAGAGAGAUUUGUAACGCUAAAUCCCGUAUGAGUGCUGAAUACAUUUAAUAUGAGAUAAAUUAUUUGAUUUUUAAUGUUGAAUGUUUCUGGGAUUUAGGGCUUUAAUGUGUUUAGGCAUUAUUGUUGUUUAAUUUAUGUGGAAAAUAAUACUUAAUGGAAAACUAGCUAAACUCUUUUAAGGACUCCAAGUAGAUCUAUAGGGUGCAUCCUUUUCAGUCCCUUAAUUAACGGUCUUUUAAUAGUUUCCCUUAUACAUCAAUGUUCUGUUGAUAAGAAUUCAACAACUUUGUGAGUCACACGUAUUGAUUGUAGUUUGUGUGUCAUAAAAAUAUAAUUUGAAAAUUUUACUAUAAAUUUUGUGAGAAGUCUGAAAUGCAUGUUGCAUUCUUUGAUCCUUCUAAAGAAAGUUCUGGCUAUGUAUUUCAUGGCGAAAACAUCUUUAUAAAGAGUAUCUCAGUGGGAUUAUAUUACUUGUUACAUAUGUCUUGAUUUUUGACAAAAUGUAAACAGUCUUUCAUUCUGGAGUAUUAACUACAUUUAAAGAGUGGCCUAAAUUAGGCUGUGAAAACAAAAAGCCUCGUUUGUAGAUAAGUAACAAGUAAGUUCUAUAGGAAGAGUAAUAAACAGUCUUACUUAGGAUAUGUGGUAAUGUAAUUUCACUAAGUAAAAAUGGGGGAAUUUAGUAAAUAACUUUAAAAUUUGUCAGUUCAUCUCAGCAUAUCAAUACAGUACUGAACAUAUAUUUGAGUGGUUCAUUUCAGUUGUUCAGUUCUUGAUUUAUGUUUUUAUUUAAGUUUACUAGAAUCAGUGAUGACAUUUAUUAGAAAUGAAAAAGUCUGUAGUGUAAAACAUUUUAAGAGGUUUUGGCAAUAUAUAAUUGUUUUUAAGAGUACGGGAAGUAAGGGAAACAGAACCUGGUUGAAUUUGUCUUCUACUGAGAUUUUUUAACACCAGGUACAAUUAUAAAUGUGCCAGUAACUCAAAGGAAGAGCCCCUGCAGAGAGUGUGAAGCUAAGGACAACUC